AUGGGGCACUGGGCGCUGCUGCCCGGCUGGGUUUCUGCUACGCUGUGGCUGGCGCUGGCCGCUCUGCCCGCAGCCCUGGCCGCCAACAGCAGUGGCCGAUGGUGGGGCAUCGUGAACGUAGCCUCCUCCACGAACCUGCUGACCGACUCCAAGAGUCUACAACUGGUGCUCGAGCCCAGUCUUCAGCUGCUGAGCCGCAAACAGAGGAGGCUGAUCCGCCAGAACCCGGGGAUCCUGCACAGCGUGAGCGGGGGGCUGCAGAGCGCUGUGCGAGAGUGCAAGUGGCAGUUCCGCAACCGCCGCUGGAACUGCCCCACGGCUACGGGGCCCCACCUCUUCGGCAAGAUCGUCAACCGAGGCUGUCGGGAAACGGCGUUUAUUUUCGCUAUCACCUCCGCCGGGGUUACCCAUUCGGUGGCGCGCUCCUGCUCAGAGGGCUCCAUCGAGUCUUGCACGUGCGACUAUCGGCGGCGCGGCCCUGGGGGCCCCGAUUGGCACUGGGGGGGCUGCAGCGACAACAUCGACUUCGGCCGCCUCUUCGGCAGGGAGUUUGUGGACUCCGGGGAGAAGGGGCGGGACCUGCGCUUCCUCAUGAACCUUCACAACAACGAGGCUGGCCGCACGACUGUGUUCUCUGAGAUGCGCCAGGAGUGCAAGUGCCACGGGAUGUCGGGCUCGUGCACGGUGCGCACGUGCUGGAUGCGGCUGCCCACGCUGCGCGCCGUGGGCGACGUGCUGCGCGACCGAUUCGAUGGCGCCUCGCGCGUCCUCUAUGGCAACCGCGGCAGCAACCGCGCCUCGAGGGCGGAACUGCUGCGCCUGGAGCCCGAGGACCCGGCGCACAAGCCGCCCUCCCCCCACGACCUCGUCUACUUCGAGAAAUCGCCCAAUUUCUGCACGUACAGCGGACGCCUGGGAACGGCGGGCACGGCCGGGCGCGCCUGCAACAGCUCCUCGCCCGCGCUGGACGGCUGCGAGCUGCUCUGCUGUGGCCGGGGCCACCGUACGCGCACACAGCGCGUCACCGAGCGCUGCAACUGCACCUUCCACUGGUGCUGCCACGUCAGCUGCCGCAACUGCACGCACACGCGCGUACUGCACGAGUGUCUGUGAGACGCUUCGCGGACUCGCCCCAGGAGCGUUCCCCUCUAGCCCACCCGGAUACGUGCCCACCCAGUCCCUCCAGCCACAACCCCCGCGAUUCAUACGUACGCGAUCAUUUCUCCCACCUCCUCCUACCGGGGGACUCCUGAAACCACUUGCCUGGGCCGGCAUGAACCCUCUUGCCAUCCUGAUGGACCUGCCCCGGACCUACCUCCCUCCCUCUCCCGGGAGACCCCUUGUUGCACUGCCCCCUGCUUGGCCAGGAGGUGAGAGAAGGAUUGUUCCCUUCCCCGUGGGGGUCAGCUUCUGACCGUGUGGCUCUGCUUCCUCCACCGCGCCAGUGACCCCCCCCCCCCCCGCCUCUCUCCCUCCCCUUUAUCCUCCGUUUUUUCUCCAGAUCUUCUCACGCCCUUCCCAUUCUCCUGCCAAGGGUGCAGACGCUGAACACACACCUGGACAGCAGGGCCUUUCUCCUCCCCACCUACAACGGAACCGGGAGGUUCUAGGGUGAAAGGGCAGCUGUGGUGAUGUGGAAAAGGAGGUUGGGGGACCCAGCAGAAAUACCCCCAUUCUCCCAGCCUCUGUCAUGGAGCCAUUGAACAGCUGUGAGCCAUGCCUCCCUCACCCACCUCCUACCCCUUCCUGUCCUGCCUCCUCAUCAGUGUGUAAAUAAUUUGCACUGAAUCGUGGAUACAAAGCCACGAGUUUGGUUGUUGUAAAUAAAACUAUUUAUUGUGCUGGGUUCCGGCCUGGCUUGCAGAGACCACUUCCACCCCACCCCAAUCCCUCUCCCUUCUCCUCUCCUUCUGCUCUCCAGCCUCUUCUGAUCCCUCUCUUCCUCUCCCCAAUUUCUCAAAGAUGCCGUUGCCUACCGGAAUCAGCAUUUCCUUCCAUUGUAGCUAUUAGUGGCUCCCCUCCCCCACCGAUGUAGUAUCUUCCUCCGCAGAA